CUGGAGCCACGUUGUCUCGUCUCACUGUGUAUUCGUAUACUGCUGAGACGACAAUAAAGUUUACUUUGACUUUUGACUUUACCAUACCCUUCUGGCUGAUAGACGGAGCUCUUCCAUUAAUUAAAUUAACGUAUGAAACAAGAGGGGCACCAGAAAAAUUCAACAAAGUGUGGGGGGCCUGGUGUGACCCAGACUCUCUGGAACACAUAGAACCUACAUUUAUUUGCUUUAUAUCCUCAUUUCCACAUAGGCACUAAAACAAUGUAUAUAGAUGUGAUGCUGUAUCUGCACCAACACAAAUUGUAACUAUUCUAAUCAAUCACCACUGAAAAAUGUAUAUUUUCUGUUUGGGUUGUUUUAUUUUUGUGGUUAAAACAAUAAACUUUACCUUAAAAAAAAAAAAAAAAAGAAAUAUAAUUUUGGUACAAAAUCGUUUAAAACUGCACAUUUGCCACUGAAACAGGCAAGUUGGCAGCUUAGCAAUGAAAACCCUCAUAUAUAGUCACAUUUAUGAACCUAUGCUUUGUCCUAAAGUGAGUGUGUGCCUGCGACAUGUACAUAAAAGCACUAAAGCUUGUGCCUUUGGCUUUUGCAGUAUAGACCUGUGAACUAUAUAGCUGUCACAGUUUAGGAAAUUAUCACGAAACAUAUUAUAUUAGCAUUGUGUUAGUAUACUUUUAAUGACAGCCUGCCAUCCCAUUCUUCUGACCUACCAAAACCUAUGAUGCCAGUGUAUAUUUCUCCCUUUUCAUACAGUCCCUAAGCACCACAGCCUGAGCUGGAGGGGGGAAGGGAAGAUCUCGGAAUGAGUCAGGAAGAGAGAGGAGGAAUAAAGAUUAGAAAAAUGGCCACCGGCAGCUGCUGGAACCAGCACCAACUCCUGACUUUCCGGGAUGGUCUGGCUGACCUAGCUGGUCAGCAUUAAUUGAAAUAAAACAGCAGUGGCUUGGACAGCUGCUCACCAAGUCAUAGCGUCUGAAGUACCGUUGCAGAGGCCCAUCUGCCUCAUCUUUAUAUUUGGUUUCUUGUCUGAAGUGACAUUAACAAAUUACUAUUUAUUUGGAAGUGAUUGUUUGGAAUAAGUGAAUGCAGCAUGCCCAACACUGGGCCGCAGUAGGAGGAGAAGGAGGAGGCUGUGUUUUAUGUACAAUCCAGCUCUUCCUUUAUUCUACAACCCUGCAAAACGAAUUUAAUACAGCAAAGAUGUAGUAACACUCCCUUUGUCAAAUGAUGACGCUGCAUAUUUCGCUUGUGUCCUCAGGAUAAGAACACUUACUAUUCUGGUCAUAAUAUUUAAGGAAACAGGUUGGACUUCCAAAAAACUGUAACCAUGAAUAUGGUGAAGAGGAUCAUGGGCCGACCUCGGCAGGAGGAGUGCAGUCCUCAGGAUAAUGCUCUGGGUUUGAUGCAUCUGAGGCGUCUUUUCACUGAGCUUUGCCAUCCUGCCAGGCACAUGACUCAGAAGGAGCAAGAAGAGAAACUUUACAUGAUGCUGCCUGUCUUCUAUAGGGUUUUUGGAAGUGCUCCAUCAAAUACGAUGACAGAGAAAUUCUCAGAUCUUUUGCAGUUUACAACACAGGUUUCCCGACUGAUGGUGACUGAGAUUCGGAGAAGAGCAUCUAAUAAAUCCACAGAGGCUGCCAGCCGAGCCAUAGUUCAGUUUCUGGAGAUCAACCAGAGUGAGGAAACGAGCAGAGGUUGGAUGCUCCUUACAGUUAUUAACUUGUUGGCUUCAUCUGGACAGAAAACUGUGGACUGCAUGACAACCAUGUCUGUGCCUUCCACCCUCAUUAAAUGUCUAUACCUGUUUUUCGACCUUCCACAUUUGCCUGAUAUACCUGGUGGAGCAGAGAAUGAGUUACCUUUGGCAGAGCGGAGAGCCCUGCUUCAAAAAGUGUUUGUACAGAUUCUGGUCAAGUUGUGCCACUUUGUAUCUCCUGCUGAAGAAUUGGCUCAAAAGGAUGACCUUCAGCUUCUAUUUAGUGCAAUAACAUCCUGGUGCCCACCCUACAAUCUCCCCUGGAGAAAAAGUGCUGGGGAGGUCCUUAUGACUAUAUCACGGCAUGGACUUAGCCUGAAUGUAGUGAAGUACAUACAUGAAAAAGAAUGUCUGGCCACAUGUGUGCAAAACAUGCAGCAGUCUAAUGAUUUAUCCCCUUUGGAAAUUGUGGAGAUGUUUGCUGGCCUUUCCUGUUUUCUCAAAGACUCUAGUGAUGUUUCACAAACACUGCUGGAUGACUUCAGAACAUGCCAGGGAUACAUCUUUCUUUCUGACCUUCUGUUGAGGCUAGAACAAGCUAAAGAGAAUGAAUCCAAAGAUGCAUUGAAGGACUUGGUUAACUUAAUUAAUUCUUUAACAACAUAUGGAGUCAACGAAUUAAAACCAGCUGGCUUAACAACAGGGGCACCUUUUCUGCUGCCAGGUUUUGCUGUCCCACAGCCCACGGGAAAAGGCCUCAGUGUGAGGAACAUACAAGCCUUCUCUGUCCUUCAGAAUGUAUUUUUAAAGGCAAAGACCAGCUAUCUUGCUCAGAUCAUUCUUGAUGCCAUCAUGAAUAUUUACAUGUCGGACAAUGCAAACUACUUUAUUUUGGAGUCACAACACACAUUGUCCCAGUUUGCAGAAAAGAUUACCAAGCUGCCUGAUGUACAAGUCAAAUACUUUGAGAUGCUUGAGUUUGUUGUCUUCAGUUUAAACUAUAUCCCAUGCAAAGAACUGAUCAGUGUGAGCAUCCUCCUGAAGUCCAAUGCCUCUUUUUCCUGCAGCAUUUUUGCCGCUAAAACUUUAUUAAAAUUCAUACGUCACCACCAUAUUUUUAAAGAUGUCUUUAAGGAAGUUGGACUCUUGGAAGUUAUGGUUAAUCUUUUGCACAAGUAUGCUGCUGUGUUGAAAGAUCCUGCUCAAGCAUAUAUUGAACAAGGAUGCACAACUGCAAACCAGUCAACAGAGGAGCAAAGGCAACUUGCCCUGGUAGUUAUGGAGACUUUAACGGUUCUUCUUCAUGGGUCAAAUACAAAUGCGGGGGUUUUUAGGGAAUUUGGAGGUGCCCGGUGUGUGCACAACAUAUUAAAAUAUCCACAGUGCCGUGAAUAUGCACUCAUGGUAAUUCAGCAGCUCAUGUUGUCUCCAAGUGGGGAUGAUGACAUGGGGACCCUCCUUGGACUAAUGCACUCAGCUUCUCCUACAGAACUGCAGCUGAAGACUGAUAUAUUGCGGGCUCUCCUCAUUGUGUUAAGAGAAAGUCAUCGGACACGGACAGUUUUCAGGAAAGUUGGUGGAUUUGUAUAUGUCACAUCUCUUCUGGUUGCAAUGGAGAAGGCUCUCAGUUGUCCACCAAGGAAUGGCUGGGAAAAAGUGAACCAAAACCAAGUCUUUGAGCUACUGCAAACAGUUUUUUGUACUCUUACUGCAGCCAUGCGAUAUGAACCUGCAAACUCUCACUUCUUCAAGACUGAAAUUCAGUAUGAAAAGCUGGCUGAUGCCAUUAGGCUGCUAGGUUGUUUCUUUGAAUCAAGAAAAAUCAGACCUUCUAAUAUUUUACCCUCCAACAAUCAACCAUUUCACAGACUUUUAGAGGAAGAUGUGACACAGCUGGAUUUUGUAUGCCCAGUGCUGAAGCACUGCAGCAAACUGUUUGUUUAUCUCUAUAAAGUAGUUACUGAUUCUUUUGACAGUCGUGCUGAACAGAUUCCACCUUGCUUGACAAAUGAGACCUCUCUACCUUCACCCUGGGGCACUCCAGUUGUAUCUAGGAAAAGAAAUGCCUACCAUGCAGUCUCUACAUCAUCUCUGAAUGUUCCAAAAAACCUCAGUGAUAUGAAGAUUCAUUCUGGAACUUCUGCUCUCUCAGGCUCAGAUGCGGUCAUCAUACAUCCUGGUGCCAUGCUUUCUAUGCUCGAUCUCCUGACUUCAGUUGAUUCAGAUUCUCAACCUGAACAUGCAUUGGAUCUACAGUUAGAAAUAGCAAACAUUUUGCAGUCAUUGGUGCACACUGAAAGGAACCAGCAAGUCAUGUGUGAGUCAGGGCUGCAUGCACGCCUGUUACACAGGUGUAGCUCUGCCUUGGCAGAUGAAGAUCAUCCACUUCACCCUCCACUUCAGAGAAUGUUUGAAAGACUUGCUUCUCAAGCCCUGGAGCCUAUGGUGCUGAGGGAAUUCCUACGCCUGGGAGACCCUCUAAACUGUGCUGCCUGGGACAAACAGCUGUUGAAACAGUAUAGAACGCACAAGCCCAGUUCCUUAAGUUAUGAGCCUGAAAUGAGAAGUAGCAUGAUCAUGUCAGCAGAAGGUAUUGGCUCUGACAGUGUUUUCUGUGUGAGUGAAGAUAGUCACUACAGGAUAAACCGGAGCUUGGUAAAGUCAGCAGAAGGAAGUACAGUGCCCCUUACAAGGGUGAAGUGCGUAGUUUCUAUGACAACGCCACAUGACAUCAGACUUCACGGAUCAUCAGUGACUCCAGCCUUUGUUGAAUUUGACACAUCUUUAGAAGGGUUUGGUUGUCUCUUCCUGCCAAGUUUAGCUCCUCAUAAUGCGCCUACCAGUAAUUCAGUCACCACAGGUCUUAUCGAUGGAGCUGUCCUAAGUGGAAUUGGGACAGGAGAACGCCUUUUCCCACCACCAUCUGGGUUAACAUACUCUACCUGGUUUUGUAUUGAGCAUUUAAGCAGUCCACCCAACAACCAUCCAGUCCGACUUCUGACUAUAGUUAGGCGUGCCAAUUCUUCAGAGCAACACUACAUCUGUCUUACCAUUGUCCUCUCUGCUAAAGACAAGUCAUUGAUUGUCUCCACAAAGGAAGAGCUUUUACAGAACUAUGUUGAUGACUUUAGUGAAGAAUCAUCUUUCUAUGAAAUCCUGCCAUGCUGUGCUCGAUUCCGCUGCAGUGACCUAAUCAUGGAAGGACAAUGGCAUCACCUGGUUUUGGUUAUGAGUAAAGGCAUGCUGAAGAACAGCACAGCAGCACUCUAUAUAGAUGGGCAACUUGUCAGCACAGUGAAGCUUCAUUAUGUGCACAGUACCUCUGGAGGGUCUGGUUUAACUAACCCACCUGUGGUGAGUACGGUUUAUGCAUACAUUGGCACUCCACCAGCACAACGCCAGUUGUCCUGCCUAGUGUGGCGUCUGGGACCAACUCACUUUUUGGAGGAAGUCUUGACUUCUGCUAGUGUUGGUAUCAUUUAUGAACUUGGACCAAAUUAUGUUGGAAGCUUUCAAGCAGUGUGUACUCCAUGUAAAGACUCAAAAUCUGAAACUGGCAGUCUAUCCCUGGUGUCACUUGUGCCAGAAGAAAAGGUUUCCUUUGGACUCUAUUCACUUUCAGUAUCUUUACUUACUGUUGCAAGGAUUCGAAAAGUUUAUAACAAACUGGAUAGUAAAGCCAUUGCAAAGCAGCUGGCCAUAUCAUCUCACGAGAAUGCCUCUCCAGUGAAGCUGCUGCACAACUCAGCUGGACAUUUAAAUGGACCUGCUCGGACAAUAGGUGCUGCGCUCAUUGGCUAUUUGGGUGUAAGAACAUUUGUCCCAAAGCCAGUGGCCACCACAUUACAGUACAUAGGUGGUGCUGCUGCUAUACUCGGCUUAGUGGCCAUGGCUUCUGAUGUAGAAGGACUGUAUGCAGCUGUCAAGGCACUAGUUUGUGUUGUGAAGAGCAACCCACUGGCCAGCAAAGAGAUGGAAAGAAUCAAAGGUUAUCAGUUGUUAGCAAUGCUGCUGAAGAAGAAACGGGGCCUCCUAAACAGCCAUAUUUUGCAUCUGACCUUUUCCUUGGUGGGAACAGUUGAUAGUGGCAAUGAGACUUCAAUUAUUCCUAACUCAACAGCUUUCCAGGACCUUCUUUGUGACUUUGAGGUCUGGCUACAUGCUCCGUAUGAACUACAUCUUUCACUAUUUGAGCAUUUUAUUGAACUUCUUACAGAAUCAAGUGAGGCUGCCAAGAAUGCAAAACUGAUGAGAGAGUUCCAGUUGAUCCCUAAGCUUCUGCUGACCCUGCGAGACACAUCUCUCUCCCAGCCCACACUUGCUGCCAUUAGUAAUGUUUUGAGCUUUCUUCUCCAGUGCUUUCUCAACAGCAAUGAUCUGCUCAGGUUUGGUCAGUUUAUCUCAUCAACCUUACCUACGUUUGCUGUAUGUGAGAAAUUUGUGGCUAUGGAAGUAAAUAAUGAAGAAAAGCUAGAACCAGGAGCUGAUGAUGAUUUUGGAGGACUUGUGUCUGCUAACCUGAUAAUUUUAAGAAACAGACUUUUAGAUGUGCUCCUUAAACUCCUGUAUACUUCCAAGGAAAAGACUGCUGUGAAUCUGCAAGCCUGUGAAGAGUUGGUAAAGAUUCUUGGAUUUGAUUGGGUCAUCAUGUUUAUGGAGGAACAUCUUCAUUCUACCACUGUCACUGCAGCCAUGAGAAUUCUUGUGGUGCUGCUUAGUAACCCAUCUAUUCUUCUUCGCUUUAAAGAUGGAAUGUCCGGAGGAGGGUGGCUGGACCAGACAGAUUCUGUCUUAACUAAUAAGAUAGGCACUGUACUAGGAUUUAAUGUAGGAAGGAGUGCUGGAGGCAGAUCAACUCUCAGGGAAAUUAAUCGUGAUGCUUGUCAUUUUCCUGGCUUUUCCAUACUUCAGUCUCUUCUCCCUAAGCACACAAAUGUCCCUGCAUUGUAUUUUCUGCUUAUGACACUUUUUCUGCAGCAGCCAGUCACUGAGCUACCUGAGAACUUGCAGGUCAGUGCACCUGUCAUCAGCGGCCGAAGUAACCGUGGUUGCCAGUUUGAUUUGGACUCCAUCUGGACUUUUAUCUUUGGGGUCCCAGCAUCCAGUGGAAAUGUCUUUUCUUCUAUCCACAAUGUUUGCACAGAAGCAGCCAUGCUCUUACUGGCCAUGCUCAGGACCAUGCUCAAUUCUCCCUGGCAGUCUGAGGAAGAAGGAUCCUGGCUACGGGAAUAUCCAGUCACCUUGAUGCAGUUUUUUCGGUACCUGUACCACAAUGUUCCAGACCUUGCACCAAUGUGGAUUAGCCCAGAGUUCCUGUGUGCACUGGCAGCAUCUGUAUUCCCUUUUAAUAUACGACCUUACUCAGAAAUGGUCACUGACCUUGAUGAUGAAGUGGGAUCUCCAGCUGAAGAAUUUAAGGCCUUUGCAUCUGACUCUGGCAUGAACAGGAGCCAAUCAGAAUACUGCAACAUGGGAACCAAGACCUACCUAACUAAUCACUCUGCAAAGAAAUUUGUGUUUGACUUCAUGCGUGUUCUAGUAAUUGAAAAUUUGUGCCUGACUCCAGCUAGCAAGCAAACACCACUAAUAGAUCUACUCUUAGAGGCCUCACCAGAAAGGUCAACAAGAGCUCAGCAGAAGGAGUUCCAGACUUGCAUCCUGGACAGCGUGAUGGAUCAUCUCUUGGCUGCUGAUGUCCUGUUAGGGGAAGAUGCCUCCUUACCGAUGACUACCGGGGGAAACUACCAGGUGCUGGUGAACAAUGUGUUUUAUUUUACCCAAAGAGUUGUGGACAAACUUUGGCAGGGCAUGUUCAACAAAGAUUCCAAAAUACUAAUAGACCGCAUUAUUCAGCUUAUCUCACAGUCAAAGCGACGGUCUCAGGGCUUGUCACUUGAAACUAUUUAUAAUUGCUUGAAUCGGACCAUCUUGUACCAGUUUUCAAGAGCUCACAAAAACGUUGCACAACAAUUGACCCUUCUGGACUCACUGCGUGUUCUUACUGUAAAUAGAAACCUGAUUUUGGGCCCUGGAAAUCAUGACCAGGAAUUUAUUGCCUGCCUCGCACACUGCUUGAUAAACCUUCACAUGGGAAGUAACCCAGAAGGCUUUGGACUGGAAGCAGAAGCAAGGAUGACCACGUGGCACAUUAUGAUUCCAUCUGAUAUAGAGCAAGAUGGUGUCUACCAAGAUGUCAGUGAAGGGCGCCAGCUCCUACUGAAAGCUGUUAAUAGAGUAUGGAUAGAACUUAUUCACAGCAAGAAACACGUAUUGGAGGAUAUGUUUAAGGUGAACUUUCCAAUAAAUGAAAGAGGUCAUGUUGAUAUCACUAUUGUAAGGCCUUUCAUUGAGGAAGCAACUUUAAGAUCUUGGCAAAAUCACCUAGUUUAUGAGAAGAAGUGCAUCAGUAAAGGGGACGCUGUGGUCCCUAACCCACAGUCUAAGCUGUCGCGUGUCAGCAGUGGCUUUGGCCUUUCUAAAUUAACUGGAUCUCGAAGGAAUAGAAAAGAAAGUGGACUCAACAAACAUAAUCUUUCAGCCCAGGAAAUUUCCCAAUGGGUAUUCACUCACAUAGCAGUUGUACGGGACCUUGUGGACAUGCAGUACAAGGAAUACCAAGAGCGGCAGCAAAAUGCUUUGAAGUAUGUGACAGAGGAAUGGAACCAGAUUGAGUAUGAACUACUUCGUGAGAGAGGACUCUGGGGUCCUCCCAUUGGCUCUCAUCUAGAUAAGUGGAUGCUGGAAAUGACAGAAGGGCCAUGUAGGAUGAGAAAGAAGGUUGUGAGGAAUGAUAUGUUUUACAUCCACUACCCAUACGUCCCUGAAGCAGAGCAUGAGACAAAUACAAUGAAGCCAGCUCGAUACCGCCGUGCGGUCAGCUAUGACAGUAAGGACUACUACAUGCGUCUGAUGCCGGGGAAUCCAGCUGUUUUUCAGGACAGUGUUGAAGAAAGCUCUGACAGGGAAACGGCACAAAAUGAGCCAGAGCAUGGUGAAGAUACCAUUGCCAGAGUAAAAGGCCUAGUGAAAGCUCCUUUGAAGAGAUCACGGUCUGCCCCAGAUGGAGGAGAAGAUGAAAACCAGGAAAUGCUGCAAGACCAAUUAAGUGAAGGUUCUUCUGUGGAGGAGGAUGAGAAGAUGGACAGUACCACACUGCUCAGAUUGCUUGAGGAAGGAGAGAAGAUUCAACACAUGUAUCGCUGUGCAAGGGUCCAAGGUCUGGAUACUGGUGAAGGCCUCCUGCUCUUUGGCAAAGAACAUUUUUAUGUUGUUGAUGGAUUUACAAUGACUAUCACCAGAGAAAUCCGAGAUAUUGAAACACUACCUGUAAACAUGCAUGAGCCAAUCAUUCCACGUGGUGCAAGACAAGGCCCCAGUCAACUGAAAAGAACCUGUAGUAUCUUUGCUUAUGAAGAUAUAAAGGAAGUUCAUAAAAGGAGAUACUUGUUACAGCCAAUUGCUGUGGAAGUGUUUUCUGGAGAUGGACGGAAUUACUUGCUGGCUUUUCAAAAAGGAGUUAGAAAUAAAGUCUAUCAACGGUUCUUGGCUGUUGUUCCUUCCCUGACAGACAGUUCUGAAUCGGUGUCAGGGCAGCGCCCAAACACCAGUGUUGAACAAGGGUCAGGACUUCUUAGCACAUUAGUUGGAGAAAAAUCUGUAACACAAAGAUGGGAGAGAGGAGAAAUCAGUAAUUUUCAGUAUCUGAUGCACUUAAACACACUGGCAGGAAGAUCAUAUAAUGAUCUCAUGCAGUACCCAGUCUUCCCAUGGAUCCUGGCAGAUUAUGACUCUGAGGAACUUGAUUUGACCAGUCCUAAAACAUUUAGAAAUCUGGCGAAGCCAAUGGGAGCUCAGACUGAAGACAGGCUUGCUCAGUACAAAAAGCGGUACAAGGACUGGGAAGAUCCCAGUGGGGAGACACCAGCUUAUCAUUAUGGAACCCAUUAUUCUUCUGCCAUGAUUGUUGCCUCUUAUUUAGUCAGGAUGGAGCCAUUUACCCAGACCUUCCUUAGACUUCAGGGUGGCCAUUUUGAUCUUGCUGACCGAAUGUUUCACAGUGUUCGAGAAGCAUGGUACUCUGCCUCCAAGCAUAACAUGGCUGACGUGAAGGAGCUAAUUCCAGAGUUCUUUUACUUACCAGAAUUUAUGCUUAACUCCAAUAAUUUUGAUCUGGGAUGUAAACAAAAUGGCACAAAACUGGAUGAUGUAAUCCUUCCUCUAUGGGCCAAGGGAGACCCGCGAGAAUUUAUUCGUGUGCAUAGAGAGGCUCUGGAAUGUGACUAUGUGAGCACCCACCUGCAUGAAUGGAUUGAUCUUAUCUUCGGAUACAAGCAACAGGGUCCUGCAGCUGUAGAAGCUGUCAAUGUCUUCCAUCAUCUUUUCUAUGAAGGGCAAGUGGACAUCUACAACAUAAAUGACCCCCUCAAAGAAACCGCUACCAUAGGCUUCAUUAAUAACUUUGGUCAAAUACCAAAACAGUUGUUUAAAAAACCUCAUCCACCAAAGCGUGUCCGUAGCCGUAUCAAUGGAGAUUUGACAUCAAUGUCUUUACCCCUUGGGACUGCAUGUGACAAGAUAUUUUUUCAUCAUCUGGACAAUCUAAGGCCUUCUUUAGCUCCUGUCAAAGAACUGAAGGAGCCCGUGGGGCAGAUUGUUUGUACUGAAAAGGGUAUUCUGGCUGUCGAACAAAACAAGGUCCUUGUUCCACCUGCUUGGAACAAGACUUUUGCGUGGGGCUAUGCAGACCUUAGCUGCAGGCUGGGAACCUAUGAAUCUGACAAGGCUGUAGUUGUAUAUGAAGGUUUGUCUGAAUGGGGACAGAUUUUGUGUGCCAUAUGUCCAAAUCCCAAAAUGGUUAUCACAUGUGGGACCAGCACUGUAAUUUGUGUAUGGGAAGUAGGGGCAUCAAAAGAAAAAGCAAAGUCCUUCAUUCUGAAACAGGCUUUAAUUGGCCAUACGGACACAGUCACCUGCUUGACUGCAUCUUUAGCCUAUCAUAUCAUUGUGAGUGGAUCGCGUGACCGCACCUGCAUUAUCUGGGACCUGAACAAGCUUGCAUUUGUAACACAACUUAGGGGACACAGAGCUCCCGUGUCAGCCCUCUGUAUCAAUGAGUUAACUGGUGAUAUAGUGUCCUGUGCAGGUACAUACAUCCAUGUUUGGAGCAUUAAUGGGAAUCCUAUCGUCAGUGUAAAUACCUUCAUUGGAAGAAGCCAACAGAUCCUGUGUUGCUGCGUGUCUGAGAUGAACGAGUGGGAUACACAAAAUGUUAUUGUCACGGGCCAUUCAGAUGGAGUUGUCCGUUUCUGGAGAAUGGAGUUUCUGCAAGUACCAGAGACACCAGCUCCAGAAUCUGCAGACACUAUGGAGGUGCCCGACGACUGCCAAAAUGAACAUUUAGCAGAGGAAGCCCAAGAUGAUGAAAGCAGCGACUCUGAUGCUGAAGAUCAAAGUGUGAGUCAAGAUACAAAAACAAAAGACUGCCAACCCAAGGGUAAUGACAGACAGCGAACAAGAUCAUCAUCUGCCAAGGCUGGUUUAACAGCUUGGUCAGGAGACAGUGGCUCUGAUGACUCCAGACGAUGGUCAGAUCAGCUGAGCUUGGAUGAAAAGGAUGGAUUUGUCUUUGUAAACUACUCUGAGAGCCAGAGUAAAGUUCAGUUACCACAGAUUCAGAGUGGUGGGCAGGCAUGCCAGACUGAUGUACGCUGUUACAAUAAACUGAAAACUGGUUACAGGUGGGAGCGCCAGCUGGUAUUCAGGAGCAAACUUACGAUGCACACAGCCUUUGACAGAAAAGACAACGCUCAUCCUGCAGAAGUCACUGCCCUUGGAAUUUCUAAAGAUCACAGUAGAAUAUUAAUAGGGGACAGCCGAGGCAGAGUGUUUAGUUGGUCCGUAAGUGAUCAGCCAGGGAGAUCUGCAGCAGACCACUGGGUGAAAGAUGAAGGGAUGGAUAACUGCUCAGGAUGCGCCGUGCGCUUCUCACUCACAGAAAGGCGACACCACUGCAGAAAUUGUGGGCAGCUUUUUUGCCAAAAGUGCAGUCGAUUCCAGUCUGAAAUCAAGCGUCUGAAAAUCUCUUCUCCAGUGCGCGUGUGUCAAAACUGUUACUACAACUUGCAGCAUGAACGUGGCACAGAAGAGGCAACAAGGAAUUAGAAGUGUUCAGUUUUAUUGACUUCCAAGAGGAAACCAUUUAGUCCUGUAACUACAUACAGACUAUACACAUGUAGGCAUUUAAAAAAAAUCCAGUUUACACAUUAUCUUUGUACUGUGUUAUGAACAAAAGGGAUCAUUUUGCACACUGAUUGCUAUGGUUUUAUGCUACUAAAUGACCGUUCAAAAGGAUUCAGAAGAUCAUUCAUUGGUGUGUAUGUGUGUGUGUGUGUAUACAGUAUAUAUAUAUAUAUAUAUAUAUAUAUAUAUAUAUAUAUAUAUAUAUAUAUAUAUAUAUAUAUAUAUAAAUAUAAACACACACAGUAUAUGUGCACAAUAUUUAAUAUUUCAGUUGCUUUUUCUGCCUGCUGCCCAGACAACCCAUCCAAACAUUUCAUUUUGUUUUUCUGUUUUUGCGAAACUAUUAAACUUUGCAGUAUUCUUAUAUGGCCGCAAAUGCAUAACCUCCUAUGAAGUAAACAAUUGUUACAUUUUAUUGUAAAUAUUUUUAGUCUUUUUAGGAAGCACUCCUCUUAAUAACCUGUUUUAUAAGGGGAAAUCAAUUGAUAUCCUUUUUUGUAUGUUGUGAUAUUCUGUAAUACUCUUCCAUUCCAUCCAUUUCUGAGUUUUAAUGUUGCCUAGCAGCAAUAUAAUUCCUUUCAAUUCCAAAUUUCAAAACAGCAAACUAUGGCAGAUAAAAAGUAAUCGCUGAAAAUCUCUUGUCCCUUGACUUUUUAAUAAUAUCAAGUUGUGCAAGUCUUAUAGAAGCUAUAAAUUGCAAAGAACUGAUUCGCAUGAUAAAGCGAAAUUACAAUAAUAUACCUUUUAACAAACUUAAUUUUCAGUCUUCCUUGCCCCAGACAAAAUGGCAUGACCUUAUGCUUUUUAUUGUAGAAUUCCAAAGUUAAUUGUAACUGUGACAGUGAUUAAAGCAAAAAAUAAAUAUUUAUUUACAAUAAAUAUUCAUUUCUAGAGAAUGAAAUGGUGCUCUAGGAAUUCAUGGAGAAAUACAGUAAGCUAAAACAAUGUCCCUUUUGUAAAGUUAUUGUGUACUUUUACUUUGUAUGUUUAUUUUUAAUUGCCCUGUUUUUUUAAGUAAUUUGUGAUCGCAAAUGUCAGUUUGUCAGUUGAAAUAAUCUCAAAUUAGUGCAAAAAAAGGCAGAGGUUUUAGACAAUAUUAGUCAAUUAAAAUAAAAGGAAAUAUCAUCAACUUUCCAUCAGAGCAUAAUUCAAUACAAGAUACGAGUUUUACUGAUGUUUAUAGUUAUGUCUAGAAUGAUGCUUUUAAUCUGUGUGUAAAUGAAGGGGACAAAAUAUCAUUACCUACUGGUUUUUCAGACUUGUCUAAUUUAUGCACCAAUAAAUGUUGCAACAUUUG